CACUUCCGCCUAGCGGAUGUUGUUUUUUCCCUUUGUGAGAUUAAUUAGCAUUGGCUUCAUUUGGUCUUUGCACUACUUCAUUCACUUGGUUUUAUCCCAGGUUUCAAUACACAAACUCCCGUAACGACAAGUAAAGCUUGAUGUUCCUCCGGCCCCGACAGGUUCCCUGAAGAGUAACCAAACCAUCAAUCAGCAGCAUCAUGUCUGCCGAAUUGGACCUGUCUCCACCUGAGGUCCCUGAGCCCACCUUUCUAGAAAGCCUACUGCGCUAUGGGCUUUUCCUGGGGGCCAUCUUCCAGCUCAUCUGCAUCCUGGCUGUCGUCUUCCCCACAUCCACGUCUCAUGAGCAGGAGGAGACUGAAUCGACUGAAGGAAAGGCCACUGAACAGAUGAAGAAACCCAAAGGACUCGCACCGCAGAUCCGACAGAAACCAAAGAAAGAGAGCAAAAAGAAGCGAUAGUGUGUGAGUGUGUGCGUGCGUGUGUGUGCGUGUGCGUGUUACUGGCUUGUGUGAAUGCGUUUGUAUGGUUAACAGUGAGUCAGUUACAAAUACAAUUAUCACUACAGGUGUACCAAACAAUGUCAUGUUGCAACAAUUAAAAUGAGGUGCAUUUAUUUCAAGACUC